CGCAAGCCCCUUGAGGGUAAGAAGUCGGAUCAACGCAAAGGCGUCCCAGGUCCCAGUGGUUCGAGGACCAAAAAAGAAGUCCGACCAGCAGUCAGGGCGAAAAGGGACAGAAGAGCCGCUUCUAGACUACUGAGGAAGUUCGGCAAUGACCCGGUUCCCGAGAGUAUGAGGGAAGUGGUUGAGAGGGCGAGGGGCGUUCUCUCCGAAAGUCGUGAGCGACCUCAGGAAGGAAAUGCCGCCAACAAACCUGCACCCACUCACUCUCGUCCUAGGGAGCUGGGCAGCAAAAGGCAACGGUCAGCAGACAACGUGGAUGCUGCUCCUAAGAGGCCCAAAACCUCUAACGCUAACAGCCCUCUUAACCCUCCAAGGGCUCUGAGGGCUUUCAGUGAUGUGGCCAAGGACCACUUGAUCCUGGCAGUUAUGGAUAGGGGGCACCCGGAAGGAAACCUGACGGCCGACAACUGGAGGUCCGUCCUGGUGGGUCUCUGCCGGGUGUACAAGGAGAUUCUCCGGAAAAAUCCUGGCCCUGCGCCAACUGUCCGCGAUGCUGGUCUCUACCAAGGCCGCAUCAAAUUAGUUUCCUGCGCUGAUGAACGGUCGGCGCGACUUUAUAAGGAAGCAAUUUCUUCUCUUGGGGAACUGUGGCCCAGCGCUGACUUGGUGGCAGUGCACAGGGAUGAAAUCCCUUGUAAGCCGCGAGCCAGAGCCUGGGUCCCAGAGGAACCCUCGAGUCCUGAGGAGAUUCUGGAUAUCAUCCAGGUCUCAAAUGAUGCACUACCAGCCCUUGAUUGGAAAGUAGUGAAGGUCAGCGAGGUUAGGGAGCAGCAACGUUACAUCACCUUGGUGAUAAACGAGGAGUCUCUCCCGAUCCUUGCUGACUGCAAGGGAGUAAUUAGCUACGGCUUUUACUCCAUUACCCUCAAAACCCAAAAAGGGAAUGAGGGUAAAAUGAUAGAGCCGGGGAACACCGAGGGUGAACCCGAGGCUGGCAAUCUUCCGCCUAAAGGCGGCCCUAUAUCUGGAGCAGAAAACGCCUUGAGCGGUCCUGCUUCUAACCAAGAGGUCCAGGAGGUUCUCGAGGCCACUUGCCCGGUGGUGAGGUCAGACUCGGCAGCGGAAACAGAUAGCGAUACGCAAUCUGUUUCUGGUGACGGAUCGGUACUUAACCGGUGGACGAGGGAGUUCGGGAACCUGCUUCUGACGUCGGACUCAGAGGACGCCGAUGAUACCAUCGUUGAGGCGUUCGAUAGAACCCCGCCAGAAGUGAUGGACGGGGACGAUAUUUUAUAAGCUGUGGAUGAAGGUUCUACAAAUAAACCUUCAUCACUCUAAAGCAGCUUCUGCAGCUCUGCUCCUGCACCUCAGUGAUAGAGGGGAGGAGCUAGUUUUUGUCCAGGAGCCCUGGGUUGUUAAGCACAGGGUUUGUGGACUUAAUUCUGAUGCUUACCGCAUAGUGUCGGCACCUGUGGCAGUUCAGCGAUGAAGAUACGGUGAGCAUCUCUGUGGAAAGCCAAUCCACAACACUCUGGCUGGUCAGUACAUACAUGGCCUACGAUCGCCAAGACUGCCCUCCCGCUCGGUUACUGGACGUGGUGAAAGAGGCCAACUCGAGGAAGUUUCCCAUAGUCAUAGGAGCCGAUGCAAAUGCGCAUCACGCGGUAUGGGGAUCUACCGACAUCAACCCGAGGGGUGAGUUGUUACUUGAUUUUAUAUUAUUAUAUAAUCUAGCCAUCUGUAAUAUUGGUGAUAAACCCACUUUUGUAACCUCAAAUAGGAAGGAGGUAUUAGAUAUUACCUUAUCGUCUAGCGCUUUCUUUGAGAGUAUUAGGGAGUGGAAGGUACUGAGCGACCAUUCAUUCUCUGAUCACAUGUAUCUCUCAUUUGUAAUCUCCUUUGAACUUCCGGCCUCGGCCGCUUACAGAAACAAGAGACGUACUGACUGGACUAAGUUUAGGAAAGUACUCUCGGGGAAUUUGCUCAACAAGGCUUCUCUCAGUAAGCUAGGCUUACUGUCCCCACCUGAUGAAGCGGAGCUUUCUCUCGCAAACCUUGCUUCUCUCGGUGAGUUAGGCUCAUCGGAACAAAUUGAAGAAGCCGUUGAUUGCAUUACCGAAGCCUGUAAUUCGGCCUUAUCUGCUUCCUGCCCACUUGUACUUCCGAGAGGAAAGAAGAAGCCACACUGGUGGAGCAAAGAAAUCGCCUCUCUAAGGAAGGAAAGCAGGAUACUCUUUAAUGCGGCAAAGCGCGAUGGUUCUUGGGCUGCAUAUAAGGCAGCCCUGAAGAAAUUUAAAAAUGCCACCAGGAAAGCCCAAAGGGACUCCUGGAAGGAUUACUGCGAUAGCAUAGAGGGUCAGUCGGAGGGAAAUCGCCUGCGAAAGGUGCUUGCGAAAAGUCCGACGAACCCGAUGUAUAUUCAGAAACCAAAUGGUGACUGGACGUCAUCUCGUGAGGAAAUGCUUGAAGUCCUAAUGAACGCGCAUUUUCCAGGAUGUACUGCGGAGCCCAACA